AUGCGUGAUGCGGGUGACAUCUGCUAUGCGGACGUAUUCAAAGAUGGUACUGGUGUUGUGGAAUACACCAGAUAUGAGGAUAUGAAAUACGCUAUUCGCAAACUCGACGAUACCAAGUUCAAAUCGCAUGAAGGGGAUACGUCUUAUAUCAGAGUACGUGAGGCUUUAAGUCGUUCACGCUCGCGUUCUCAUACGCCUCGUUCACGUUCUCCCAGGUCACGAUCGCGAUCGCCGUACUAUCAGACAAGACGUGAAUCACCGCAGUACUCACCAGCAAGAUCAGCGUCACGAUCGCGCUCUCGAUCCAAAUCCAAGUCGUUGUCAGCGCACUCUGAUCGUUCUCGUUCUUAA